UCAAACGUCCACCAACGAUGGAGCGUUCAGUCGCACACCCGUAGGCUGGCUGGCCACAGCUCCACCAGCAGCAGCAGCAAGUGGAAUCGUAAAGAAAUCGUGUCAUCAAAACGCUUAAACGUCAACUAUGUCAGCGCGUCCGAUAUUGUACUAUGCGCUAUUCAGUCCGCCCGCCAGAGCCGCAUUGCUCACAUCCAAAUUAAUCGGAUUGAAUGUGGAAUUGAAAGCUAUCAACUAUGCCGCGCAGGAGCAUCACAGCGAUUGGUUCCUAAAGGUAAAUCCCAGACACACUGUACCGGUGCUGGUCGACAAGGGUGUGCCGUUGUGUGACAGUCAUGCCAUCAUUACUUAUAUGGUCAAUCAGUAUGGACAGAAUCAUCACGAUCAUCUAUAUCCGAAAGACUUCUUAAAGCGCGCCAUAGUCGACGAGCGUUUGUACUAUGAGGACGGCGUACUGUUUCAAGUGAUCAAAGAUUUUGUGGCGCGCAUCAUGCACGGUGGCGAUAUUGAGUAUCACCGCAAAAGCAUCGAGUUGUCGCAUAAUGCCUACAGUUUCCUUGAAGGAUUCCUGUCGCGCAGCAGUUACGUAGCCGGCGAACAGUUGAGUUUGGCGGAUAUCUCCAUUAAUACCACACUGAUUACGUUGCACAAAUUGGUGAGCGUAGAGGAGCGACGUUAUCCGAAGAUUUGCGCUUGGAUGCAGCGCAUGCGUGGUGAAUUACCCGAAUACGAAGAGAUUAAUGAGCAAGGCGCACAACAGUUAUAUUUACGCUUUCAGAAUGCUUUGGAGGAGAAUAUGACGAAGCAUACGUAACCAGACGUUCAGUUUUGUACUAGCAAUGUCCUUGUAAAUACACACCUGUGGGAAGUUGAUUAUUGUUUUGUGUUAUACCUUUUUUAAUUAAUAGACAAAAUAACCAAUUGAAUAUAUAUAAGAGAA